GCCGAACGAACGGAAGGCCACGCCAUGGAAUCUUCUCGCCUCUCUGUCCCCCUUUCCUCAGACCCCAGUACUCCCGUCGUUUGAAUCCAAAAAUAAAAAUACCAAAUCCAACUCGUCUUUAAGCCUUCCGCUCCCCGUUGAUCUCCCUUCCUCCCUCCCUGGUGCUCGCUCCGCCCGUUCCGAAUUCAAAUUUCGAAGCCCUCCUCAUCCUCCUGCUGCUCCUACUACGCCAAACCCUAAACCAAUUCCUCCUCCUCCCCCUUCUCCACCACCUACCACCUCCCCGCCUCCCACCAUGAGCGCCGCCGCCGCCGCCGCAACAGCCGCCGUGGGCAGCGGCAAGGAGCUCGCCAACCCGCCCUCCGAUGGGAUCUCCAACCUCCGCUUCUCCAACCACAGCAACAACCUCCUCGUCUCCUCAUGGGACAAGACGGUGCGGCUCUACGAAGCCGACGCAAACGUGCUCAAGGGGGAGUUCGUGCACCCUGGGGCCGUCCUCGACUGCUGCUUCCACGACGACUCAUCGGGGUUCAGCGCCGGCGCUGACCACACCGUGCGGAGGUUAGUAUUUAGUUCAGCUAAAGAAGAUGUUUUGGGGCGGCAUGAUGGUCCAGUUCGUUGCGUGGAAUACUCUUACGCUGCAGGACAAGUCAUUACUGGCAGCUGGGAUAAAACUGUUAAAUGCUGGGAUCCAAGAGGAGUGAGCGGACCAGAGCGUACACUUGUUGGGACAUAUACUCAACCUGAACGUGUUUAUUCUAUGUCUUUAGUAGGAAAUAGGUUGGUUGUUGCAACGGCAGGAAGGCAUGUCAAUAUUUAUGAUCUGCGCAACAUGUCUCAACCUGAGCAAAAAAGAGACUCUUCUUUGAAAUAUCAAACACGAUGUGUUCGAUGUUUUCCCAACGGAACAGGGUACGCUCUAAGUUCUGUUGAAGGACGAGUUUCUAUGGAAUUCUUUGAUCUAUCCGAGUCUGCUCAAUCUAAAAAGUAUGCUUUCAAGUGUCAUCGGAAAUCUGAGGCUGGGAGGGAUACCGUUUAUCCUGUCAAUGCAAUUGCAUUCCAUCCAAUAUAUGGCACGUUCGCCACUGGAGGUUGUGAUGGAUUUGUGAAUGUAUGGGAUGGCACUAACAAGAAAAGACUAUAUCAGUACUCAAAGUACGCAUCAAGCAUCGCUGCUCUUUCAUUCAGUAAGGAUGGUCAUCUACUUGCUGUGGCAUCCAGCUACACUUACGAAGAGGGAGAGAAAUCCCAUGAGCCCGACUCAAUAUUUAUCCGGACGGUGAACGAAGUUGAAGUAAAACCGAAGCCCAAGGCAUUGACAGCUCCCCAGUAGUGUUGUAAUGAGUUGACGACAGUAUUAAUCAGAUGGUCAGAUGUUCUCUAUUUCUCCAAGUUGAUGUCGAUUACAUUUGUUGACGAAUGUCUUGUGAAGUGAAUGCCAGUAUCCAGAUCUGGCGUCUCAUCUGCUAGUGUAGAACUUGUACUCCGGAAAUAUUUCAUGUUCCAGCUGAUUGUAUAUUUUGAUGCAAAUUAUGUUAAGUUUAUUUGAUUUUUUGUAGACUUGACCUUA